AGAGGAUGGCGGAGGACAGUAAAGAAGACUCGGUGGCAACCGACGACGAUUCAGACAAUACUGCUGCAGACGGGGGUAACAGCCUGAACAUAACGAUGGUGGAGGAAGGCUCCACGCUCAUACGCAGGAUGGAGAUUUGCGUCGCUGAGGCGGAGAAAAGGAGUGGAAAAAAUGCAGUGAACAUGCAGGAGACGUUUACUGUGUACCUCAUUGAAACACGGCCCAUGGAUGCAGUUGCUGAAGGUCGUAACCCAGCCCCCGACUCUCUGUGGAGAAGAUACAGUGAAUUUGAACUUUUGAGGAACUACCUGAUUGUGACCUAUCCUUACAUCGUGGUCCCUCCUUUGCCUGAGAAGAGGGCAGAGAUUGUUUGGCAUAAGCUCUCUGCAGACAACAUGGACCCAGACUUUGUUGAGCGCCGGCGGGUCGGGCUGGAGAACUUCCUGCUCCGUGUCGCUUCACACCCCGUCCUCUCCAACGACAAGAUCCUCUACCACUUCCUCACUGAGGAGCACGGUUGGAAGGAGGUGGUGUAUGAGACGGGAUUUCAGGCAAAGGCAGAUUCCAGACUGAAAGCGCUGAGUGCCACCUUCAGGGUGAGGAAUCCAGUUAAACGCUUCAUGGAGAUGAAACACUACAGCGACGAGCUGCAGUCUCACACAUCUCAGCUUCUCAGAGCACGAGCAAGGGUUGCAGACCGGCUGUACGGUGUUUAUAAGGUCCAUGGGAACUACGGAAGAGUCUUCAGUGAGUGGAGUGCUAUUGAGAAGGAGAUGGGAGAUGGACUACAAAGUGCCGGUCAUCACAUGGAUGCAUAUGCUGCUUCAAUAGACGACAUCUUAGAGGAGGAGGAACAUUAUGCCGACCAAAUUAAAGAAUAUCUCUUCUACGCUGAAGCUUUAAGGGCAGUGUGCAGGAAACAUGAGCUGACCCAGUUUGAGCUGGAGAUGGCUUCACAGGAUCUCAUCUCCAAGAAACAGCAACGUGAGGAGCUGGCUACAGGGAUCGUGCGGACCUUCUCUUUCAAAGGAAUGACCAACAAGCUUUUUGGUCAGGAGGCUCCUGAGCAGAGGGAGGCCCGGCUGAAGCUGCUGGAGGAGCUGAUAGCGGAGGGCGAGGAGACCGUCAAGGAGAAGACGGUUGAGUGCGAAGAGCAUGUUGAACGAGGGUGGGUGGACAUGCAGCGCUUCAAGGAGCAGAAAGACAAAGACCUGCGGGAGGCACUCAUCAACUACGCUGUCAUGCAGAUCAGCAUGUGUAAAAAGGGAAUUCAAGUGUGGAGCAAUGCCAAAGAAUGUUUCCUAAAGAUGUAGAGGAAGCCAUAUUUAUAGAAAGAUGCCUUGGGUUGAGGAUUGUGGACGCAAAAGCAACAGAAAUACAUGCAAAGAUAAUAUUAUUCACAAAGGAUUUCUAUUAAUUUAUUUGUGGGUUAAAUUUCCUCACAUAUUUUGUGAAUUAACUGAGAAAGAGAAGGCACCUGUCAUAUGAACUAGAUUUUUUUUUUCUAUUGAUCAGUGACUGAGAUUGCCUCAUUUUAAACAUGUGGUAACUAAAAGCAGCAAAGAAUCUUAAAUGUUCACAGCCUUACUUUUCUCAACAUCAUGAGCACAAAAACCAUAUCACAUCAUGACAAGAAGCUCUUCCUGUCUUAAGAUAUUACCAGGUAUGUUAUUUAUUGAAAUUAGCCUGUAAUGGGGGAUUUUUAAUACCAAAAAUGUCAAACUCCUGCACACUGUCUUCAUUGGUAAUUACAUGACUUGUUUCUGUCACCACUAUGUAAUUGUGCAACUUAGACUAUUCUCUCUCCUCUUCUUUUGACAGCUUACUUUUGCCAGUUAAUAAAUAAAGAUCCAAAGAUUUUUAAAAGAAUUGGUACUUUGAAAACCAAUCAUUAAAAUUGUGGAUUUGAUUGCUUUAAAUCAUGUGUUAUCAAAAUUUUUCAAACAGCUGUAACAAGUUUGCUCAGUUUUUUAAUCCUUGAUCUUUAAGUCUCUCCAAAUCUACAAUAAUGCACAAUUAAAAUAGAUAAAAGAUGCCUUUAGGCUGUCAGACAAGUUUCAGUUGCCAGUGGUGGUGAGGUAACAACAGUUUAUGUGCAGAAACAUUUAAAGCAAGAUUUUUGAUGCAUUAAUAGUCGUGAGUGGACGUUUUUGCUUAAACAAUUAAAGCAUGAUAAAAACAUGUAAAUGGCACUACAUUCCUCUACCCUGAGGAUUAACUCUUAUUUCUGCUUUAAAUAAAUCUGUCAAAGUAAAGAAAUUACUAGAUUUAUUCUACUGAUGUAAAGUAAGCUGCACUAAAGGAUUACAUUUGAUUUUAAAAAAUCAUUAUUUAUUUUUGUCCUUACAUGAUAUUUAAAUAAAGGUUUCUGUUACAAGUGUUUGCCAGCAAUAAGCUUUUAACCUGUAUUUGUGACUUUUGUCUUUAUGGUUUAAUGUGUAUUUUAAUGCUGCAGUUUUUGUUUGUUUGUAGGUUUGUUUGAAUAAAA